AAGCUGUAGAUUUCUUUCAUCGAACAUUUUUUUUUUACCAAAAAAAAAAAGGCCUUUAAGAAGCUUGAAGACCUAAAUGAGCUCAGCCAGCUACCUACUUGCUCUGCUUUUCCUUCAUGUGGACUGUGCAGUUCAGAUACAUAUAGAGCCACCCUCUGAUCCCAUCACCCUCUUGCCAGACCAAGAAAGUGAGAGAAAAUAAGAGAAAGAUGGCACUAGAAGCUGUGGUGUUCCAGCAAGAUCACUUCGGGUACAGCGGUAGAGACCUCUGCAAUAUGGGAAAUUGGGGCUGUGAAUUUUCCGGGACGACGACGUUUGGGACGACGGAGGAAGAGAAGGGCGGCAGCCCUGCUGAUUCCUUUGAGAAUUUUCUCGACGCCCAAACAGGGAGCAACUGGAGUUCUUCUCAUUUUACUCACGAGUUGCACCACUUCAACUCGUCCCCAGAAGCCAAUGGCCUGAGUCCCGGAGAGGCACUUCCGCCGCUGGACGCCCCUCCGACCACCGCCUUGGGCCGCCCCAAGCGGCGGCGAUUGAAGAGCCGGAAAAACAAAGAAGACAUCGAGAACCAGAGAAUGACGCACAUUGCUGUCGAGCGCAACCGGCGAAAACAGAUGAACGAGUAUCUCUCGGUCCUCCGAUCCUUAAUGCCCGACUCUUACGUUCAACGGGGUGACCAGGCGUCUAUAAUAGGCGGCGCCAUUAAUUUUGUGAAGGAGCUGGAGCAGCGGCUGCAGUUUCUGGGAACCCAGAAGGAGGAGAAUUCUGAAGGAGGAGAAACGACGCCGUUGCCUUUCUCCGAGUUUUUCGCUUUCCCGCAGUACUCGACGACGUCGAAUAAUGGAGGCGGCGAGGGCUCCUCCGCUGCGGCGGCGGCGGCGGCGGCUACCGGUGUGGCGGAUGUGGAAGUGACGAUGGUGGAGAGCCAUGCGAACCUGAAGAUAAGGUCGAGGCGACGGCCGAAGCAACUGCUGAAAGUGGUGUCUGGACUGCAAACCCUUCGCCUCACUAUUCUUCACCUCAAUGUCUCCACUGUUCAUCAGUUCGUCCUCUACUCCCUCAGUGUUAAGGUAGAAGAUGACUGCAGGCUCACAUCAGUGGAUGAAAUUGCCAGUGCCGUGCAUCAGCUGCUAGGUAGGAUUCAAGAAGAGGCCACCUUGAGUUGAUAGCUAGCUAGUCCUCAUCAUCCCUUGUAAUGGGCAACCUCCUCCUCCUUCUUCUUCUUCUUCCAUUUUUCAAUUUACACCUCCACCUCCAUUGUGUUCCUUAAUUUCAAGUGGGUAUUAUUUUCCUUUAAUUUACUUUUGGGCCAUCUUUGUACCUCAAUUGCUGAUCAUCACUGCAACCACUGUUUUUUUUCUCCGCCCAAAUUGAUGAGCAUAGUUUAUAGGUACCUUUUUGGUCAGGGUUUAGGGGCUGUUUGGUGGAAAGUUUCAUUCAAAGGGGGGCUAUGGCUGUGGUAUAAUGUGUAAGCCAAACACAUGUAAGCUUGUCAUUUCAACCCCCCAUACAUGAUAUUUGUCUGUCUGCAGGCUAUCAUUCCAAUAAUGGGGAGUUUCUUUUCUUUUGGGCA